UCGUUUUUGACGUAUCACAUUUCAAAAUGGCGGAUCGGCGCCUCAUUAAAAAUCGCUCAUAUUUUCGCGGUUUAUAUUUUGAUGAUAAUUAAAUCGGGUCUUCCGGUUGACCUGCGAGUCCAAGGCGAUACCGGUUUACGAAAAGCACCCAUUUCGAUACGUCCUAUGGUCAUGGUCAACGAGACGAAGACGUCAUCGUGUAAAUCUCAGUGUGUGCAUCGAAUGGUAAACAGUCGAUAAAUUGCCGUUAUAAAGUUGCGAAAUGGAGACUUGGAUCGACGUGUUGCUCUGUAUCGUGUUGAUUUUGUUAGUUUUAAAGUUAUACUUAAAACUGACAACCGGUUGGUGUAACAGUCAAGUGAACCUUUUAGGGAAAACUGUUAUUAUUACCGGCGCUAAUACUGGUAUCGGUUAUGAAACCGCCGCAGAUUUAGCGAAACGUGGGGCCACAGUAAUCCUAGCAUGUCGCAACGAAGAAAAAGCGAAAAAGGCCGUGCAACAAUUGAUAACGGAAACGGACAACCGGCACAUCAGCUACAAAUUAGUCGACUUAUCGUCGAUGAAGUCGGUGCGACGUUUCGCCGACGAUAUCAACAACACCCUGGACCGAUUGGACGUAUUAAUUAAUAACGGGGGCCUCCAUAGGAUUCCCGGGGCUGGUUUUACCGAGGACGGUCUCCAACCGAUCAUGGCCACCAAUUAUUUCGGACAUUGGCUCCUCACCCAUUUGUUAAUGGAUUUGUUAAAAAAGUCCUCGCCUAGUCGCGUAGUCAAUGUGGCCUCAGUGGCAGGCAGUUUGCUCCCAUUAAAAGCGAAAAAUUUAAAUGGCCCAGGUUUAACCGAGCACGAUCCUUACGCCAGAUCCAAGCUGGCCAACGUAUUAUUCACCAUUGAAUUAGCCAAAAGGUUACAGGGUACCGGAGUGACCACUUACUCCUUACAUCCCGGGGUUAUUUUGAGUGAGUUUACUAGGAAUAUACCCCUAAGGCCUGUGGUUAAUUUGGGGAUAAGGUUGUUCUUUAAGGACGUUAUAGAAGGUGCCCAAACGACCAUCCAUUGCGCGGUUGCCAAAGGUAUCGAAAAAUAUUCCGGAGAGAAUUUCCACGAUUGCCAAAAAGUAGGACGGUACUUGUUCGCAAAAAAUCCCGACUUGGCCACGGCCGUGUGGAAGAAAACCGAGGAAUUGUUAAAUAUCAACAACGCUUAAAUUGUUAUUAAACGACGCCUUGUUGAGGCGCAAUAAAACUUUUAUAUUUAUUAAAUAAAUGGUUUAGUUUGAA